AAAUUUUCUCUGUAGGCGCCGCGACAACGGAAUCGCGAAAGUUUAACUAAUUUUAAGUGCAGCGUAUUUGAAAUAGAAACUUAAAAAGCAAUGGCGUUGCGUGUUUUGAGUGUAACGCAAAAUAUGCGCACAUUCGUGCGUGGCGUUGACCUCAUCAAGCGCUACAAAUCCGCUGCAUCGCUGCAGAAGACGCUUCUGAACAUACCUGCCACGCAGGUGACUAAGCUGGACAACGGUCUGCGUGUUGCUAGCGAGGAUUCCGGCGCCUCCACCGCCACCGUUGGACUCUGGAUUGACGCUGGUUCGCGUUCCGAGAACGAGAAGAACAAUGGCGUGGCUCACUUCCUUGAGCACAUGGCCUUCAAGGGCACUGCCAAGCGCUCGCAAACUGAUCUGGAGCUUGAGGUUGAGAACCUGGGCGCCCAUCUGAAUGCGUACACAUCUCGCGAGCAGACUGUGUUCUAUGCCAAGUGUCUGUCCAAGGAUGUACCCAAGGCUGUUGAAAUUCUGGCUGAUAUUAUCCAGAACUCUAAGCUGGGUGAGGCUGAGAUUGCACGCGAGCGCUCUGUGAUUCUGCGCGAAAUGCAAGAAGUUGAGAGCAAUCUUCAGGAGGUGGUCUUCGAUCAUUUGCAUGCCACCGCCUACCAGGGCACUCCCCUAGGCCAGACCAUCCUGGGCCCCACCAAGAAUAUACAGUCGAUUGGCAAAGGCGAUUUGACUGACUACAUUCAGACCCACUAUAAGGCAUCGCGCAUUGUUUUGGCCGGCGCUGGAGGUGUACAGCAUAAUGAAUUGGUGAAACUGGCUGAACAGAACUUGGGAAAACUGGAGGCUAGCUUGCUGCCACCAGAGGUUACUCCAUGCCGCUUCACUGGUUCCGAGGUGCGUGUGCGCGACGAUUCGCUGCCAUUGGCUCACAUUGCUGUUGCUGUUGAGGGCUGCGGCUGGACCGAUCAGGAUAACAUCCCCUUGAUGGUGGCUAACACUUUGGUUGGUGCUUGGGAUCGCUCCCAGGGCGGUGGCGCCAACAACGCCUCCAACCUGGCUCGUGCCAGCGCCGAAGACAAUUUGUGCCACAGCUUCCAGUCGUUCAACACCUGCUACAAGGACACUGGUCUGUGGGGCAUCUACUUCGUCUGCGAUCCCUUGCAGUGCGAGGAUAUGCUCUUCAAUGUGCAAACCGAAUGGAUGCGCUUGUGCACCAUGGUCACCGAAGCAGAGGUUGAGCGCGCCAAGAACUUGCUCAAGACGAACAUGCUGCUGCAAUUGGACGGCACCACACCUAUCUGCGAAGAUAUUGGCCGCCAGAUCCUGUGCUACAACCGCCGCAUCCCAUUGCACGAGCUGGAGAUGCGCAUUGACGCUGUGACCGUGAAUAACGUGCGCGAUGUCGCCUUGAAGUAUAUCUAUGACAGAUGUCCUGCCGUGGCCGCUGUGGGACCCGUCGAGAAUCUGCCCGACUACAACAGAAUCCGCUCCUCCAUGUACUGGUUGAGAGUCUAAAUAGACAGGACAGUCGUGUAGUUUAAUUCAAAUAUAAUGCAAAACAAACAGAGUAAAGGAAAACACAAAAAA